UUGGUUUUCGGUAUUAUCAACCACGCUUCUUGAGCCGUUUGCCCCUAUUGUGUUGGCUUUUCUAAGCAAUUCCAGCACAGAAUAAUUCCAACGACGAUGAAUAAUAGAAUGUCAGCAGCAUUCUUGUCUAUUCCAUCCCAUGGUCGUUGUCACAAGACUUUGUGUUGGAAGAGAGCUUCUGUGUUAGCACCUUUUGAUACACUUGGAAAUAAAAGGAGGAAGUAUGUUAUUUUGCCUAGAAAAUGCAGCAGCACAGUUGUUCAUAUGUUGUUUGACCAGUUUGCCAACAAGAUUCAGCAAACUGUGUCUAACGUAUCCAAGUUGCAAGUUUUUAGUGAUAAGGAAUUCCAGAAAGCUCUGAAGAACGUACGAGAUGCUUUAAUAGAUGCCGAUGCUAACGUGAAAAUAGUCGAUGAGUUAGUAUCGAAAGUGUCUACGAAAAUGAAGGAUGUCAAGAUACCCAAGGGUGUUACAAAGACACAAAUGUUUGUCAAGUUGGUUCAAGACGGUCUUACAGAAAUUCUAGGUGGCGAAGGAACUGCAGAAAGGAUAUUAAGUGCGUCACAACAACAAAAGAGAAUUAUGUUCGUGGGCUUACAAGGAUCUGGUAAAACGACUACCAUUGCGAAGUUUGCAAAGCUAACUUUGAAAAAGUUCCCAAAAGCAAAAAUUUUGUUGGUAGCCUGUGAUACUCGUAGGCCAGCUGCUAUUGAACAGUUAAAUAUCCUAGGCCAGAGAGUGAACUGCGAGACAUUCUUUGUGGAAGAAGUUUCCAACGCUGAAUGGGUACUCGAUAGAGCUCUGCAAUAUAGCGUGUAAAAGGAGUUUGACUACGUUUUCAUCGA